GGAGGUGUCCAAGAGACACGUCUUUUGAGGGGAGGGGAUGUUUCCUCGAGUAGGAUGGACGAUGUUGGGAGGCAAGGGAAACUAGAGAUUUUAGACCAACAGCGGAUCUCUAUCUGGGGGGUGAGGGUCUCCACCCUAGAAGCAGAACCGCUGAGCUCACGGGAUGCUAGAUUGUCCGCAACGCUUCCGCCACAUCUACCCCAGGGGGGAUGCCCCGAAUCUGGGCUACCUGAGGAGGGCCGAGCUCGGAUCCUCCCAGGAGCCAUACCUUCCCCAUACACGCCCUCCCACGACCGCUACCAGCUCUGAGGCCACAAGGCGCCGCUGCCAGCCAGGCGCUGCUCCCACGCGCGGGCCGCUGCCCUUGGCCUCGGGUCCCGCAGGCAGGGCCGGUCCCUAGCCCCCGCGCCCCGCCCGCCGCCGGGCUCCAGAUGGCCGCUCCUUGCGCUCGGCUGGCGAGCCCCCCGACACCGCCCCGCAGCAGCCGGCAGUCGCUCCCUCCCAGCUGCUGCUGAAGAGCCCAGCCCAGACCCGAGAGCCUCGGCGGGGAUCCGGGCGGGACCACGGUGUGCCGGAGCGCGGGACUUGAGAAGUCCGCUGGCCGGGACUGAGCGCCCCGCAUUCCGCAGUCUAUGAUGAUUGGCACCCGGCCCUUCCUCCAGCCCCAGCUUAAUUCUAGCCGGGGAUUCUGCCUCAUCAGGACUGGCGACCUUCUGGAGGAGGUGAAAAGAAAAGACUCCGGAGAUGUGAACUUCUAGGAAAUUCCCUACUUUUCUCCAAUGCCCAUUCUUCCCUGGCGGCAGGAAUGGAAAGCCUACCAGAGAGAAACAGCCCCAGAGCCCCCUCCCCGCUGCCCAGUCAUUGUGUUGUGGCCCCUGCAGAAUGAGUAAACUCUCCCUCUGUCAAAGACCUCAAGUCAUUAGCAUCAGCUGCUGCUCUAAAGGACAAGCCAGCGCCUCUAAGUGGCUUAGCGCACCAACGAGGCUCCGGAGACAGCCUCACUCCUGCGACUCCAUCCACUCGUCCAUCAGCGGUUGGAUAUGAAAAGCUCUUGAGAGCCCGUCUCAGACCUACAAGACUGACAUCGACACCUCUUGACAUGGAGAUAACACUAAUGUAAUAGGCAGAAAGGAACACUGGGGUGCACCCUCUCGGUUCCAGGUGGCCCUAUUUGGGAGACUCGGUCCUGACCUUAUUUCUGUGAUGGAGGAUUCAGGCAUCCAGAGAGGCAUCUGGGAUGGAGAUGCCAAAGCUGUUCAACAAUGUCUGACAGAUAUUUUUACCAGUGUAUAUACAACCUGCGACAUCCCAGAAAAUGCCAUAUUCGGUCCCUGUGUUCUGAGCCAUACUUCCCUGUAUGACAGCAUAGCCUUCAUAGCCCUCAAGUCCACGGACAAGAGAACAGUACCUUAUAUCUUUCGGGUAGACACUUCGGCGGCAAAUGGUUCCUCAGAAGGUCUCAUGUGGCUGCGGCUGGUCCAAUCAGCCAGAGAUAAAGAAGAACAGAAUCUCGAAGCUUACAUAAAAAACGGACAGCUGUUCUACCGCUCUCUCCGCAGGAUUGCCAAAGACGAGGAAUUGUUAGUUUGGUACGGGAAAGAACUGACUGAGUUACUCUUGCUCUACUCCUCUAGAUCCCACAAAAUGAACGCAGGGUCGUCCCCUUACACAUGCCUGGAAUGCAGCCAACGUUUCCAGUUUGAGUUCCCCUACGUGGCGCAUCUGCGAUUCCGCUGCCCCAAGAGACUUCACAGCGCUGAUGCGAAUCCCCAAGACCAGCAAAGUGGCGGCGUGGGCACCAAGGACCACGGCGGCGGCGGUGGCAAAGAACAGCAGCAGCAACAACAACAGCAGCAGCAGCAGCAACAGGAGGCGCCCUUGGUCCCAGGCCCCAAAUUCUGCAAAGCCGGACCCAUGCACCACUACCCGGCUCCGUCCCCGGAGACUAGCAACCCACCCGCAGCCGCAGGUGCCGGCAGCGCCAAGCCGUCCACGGACUUCCACAACCUGGCUCGGGAACUCGAAAACUCCCGGGGAGGCAGCAGCUGUUCGGCGGCCCCGAGCGUCGGCGGGAGCCGCACCGGCCACCAGGAGGCGGAGCUGAGUCCCGACGGCGUCGCCGCGGGCGGCUGCAAAGGGAAGAGGAGGUUCCCGGAGGAGGCGGCCGCGGAGGGCAGCGGCGCGGGGCUGGCGGGUGGCCGUGCGCGCUUCUCCGAGCGGCCGCUGGCGACCUCCAAGGAGGAGCUGGUGUGCACGCCGCAGCAGUACCGCGCCGCGGGCAGCUACUUCGGCCUGGAGGAGAACGGCCGGCUCUUCGCGCCGCCCAGCCCCGAGACCGGAGAGGCGAAGCGCAGCGCCUUCGUGGAGGUGAAGAAGGCGGGCCGCGCGGCGGGCUUGCAGGCGGCCGCGGCGGCGGCGGCGGCCGCGGGGCCCCUGCAGCUGCAGUUGCCCUCGGCGCUCACGCUGCUGCCGCCCUCCUUCACCUCGCUCUGUCUGCCCGCGCAGAACUGGUGCGCCAAGUGCAACGCCUCCUUCCGCAUGACCUCCGACCUGGUGUACCACAUGCGGUCUCAUCACAAAAAGGAGUAUGCCAUGGAGCCCCUGGUGAAGCGGCGACGGGAGGAGAAGCUGAAGUGCCCCAUUUGCAACGAGUCCUUCAGGGAGCGUCACCACCUUUCCAGGCACAUGACCUCGCAUAACUGAUGCGGAAAGGACCCCGGCUUUCCAGGCGCGUGCACGCACCGUCAAGUCACCGGCAGGAACAGACACGCGAGGACGUCCACCACUUCCUAAUUCCCCCAAAACACUGCAACCAAACAUGUGCACCAUACAGGUCCCUCCCCUGGACAGGAGCCUCAUCAUCCAAAUGUUUAACAUGUUUAACGUGGGACACACACACACACACACACACACACACACACACACACACACACUCUGGACAGGAUGGUGGAUUUUGGAUUGGGUGGGUUGUUUGAGGGGUUUUCUUUUGAAUGCACGGAUUUUCACUUUCCCAAAAACAAAGGUACAUUUAAAAAAAAGUCAUAUAUUGCAACAUAUUGAUGCAUUUGUCAUACGUUUCUACUUAAAUUAUUAAGCACUUAUGGUUUAGAUGUAAUAAUUAUAUGUAAGGACAAAAUUUAUUUUAGAUAUAAAGUAAUGGAGGAAGGUGAGAUGCUUUCUGCAUUUCCGGAUGACAGCUGUGUUCUUACAAAAAAUAAACAAAAUGAAUAAAAAGGGGUUCACCAUUCAAUUGAAGUUUCCAGGGGGAAGUGCAUGUAUCACGAAAUGAUUAUGGACUUCAAUGAAGAAUGUCAUCGAUUAUGUAAAUAUGUAUUUCCUUUUAAUACAAAGUGUAAUUUUGUGCCAGUGAAAUGGAGUCUGAAUAGUUAUGUGUUUCUUUUAUCCCUAAAAAGAUUUAUUAAACUUUAUAGUUUAUCCAGGUAUGUUGGAUGCUUUGACAAUAAAUAACUAUUUUCUUCAAAGCAAA